ACGAUACUUAGCAUUUUGUACCUCUCGAGGGGGGAUGCUGGAAUUGAGCCAUGAGAUGGAGCUCAAGGUGGUUGCUGGAAAUGAGACGAAAGUGCUCUUGCAUGACUUGCCAGAUGUGAUUGCGGAGAGUGAUGUUCCGGGAUUCUUGGCACAGUACGGCUAUAAGGCCAAGAGUGCAUCCGAAUGGUUUCAAUGGAAAGACCUGCCAGCUUUGACGCUUCAUGUGUGUGGCCAUACCAAAGCACCUCGGCCAAUGCGUGCAAGCCCUGAAGACGCCUAAAAUGGCAUAUAGGCUCCAGGCAAUUGAGGUGGCACCAAAUUGCCAGGUAGAUGGGCACAUGUUCUAUGAUGUGAAGUGUGCGCUGGCUGAGCCAGGAAACUGGCAUUCGCCUUACCUUUCAUGGCGCUCUCUUCGGCGAUUGUGCCAUUUGCGAGAGGGCCUUCACGACCCGGUGAAGCGUUCGCUUGGUACCGCAUAUCGGGAAGUCUUCGGCAAUGCAAGUUUUGCCUCGUCGCUCCACUUGCCAGGCACCUCUGCCCGCCUGAACAGUUGGUUUCAGAAGUUGUCUGGCUGCCUCAACCGCAAAGAAAUGUCCCCGGCACUGACCGCUGCGGCGUUGCAGCUGCUUGGUGCACCAGAUGCUGCAGAGGCUGCUGCUCGGUCCGUGGGCAGCCCAUCGUCAGUUGCUAAAGGCACUGAUGGUAGCCCAGAAGUUGCGACCACGAGCACCCUUGCGGCAUCCAAUGUUGCCAGCAUGGACGACUUGGAUGAGCCCCAAGACGGCUUCAAUCCGUUCAGCAAGGAUCUUGAGCAGGAAGUUGCAGAUGUUGAUGAGGACAGGCUGUGGCCAUUCUUGGCGGCAGUCUGCGCCUUCAUCGUAGGUAUCGCGCCGAUGCAGGGGCUGGAGCCAGUAGCACAGGCCUUCGAGGACCUCAAUCCAGAAGAAUCCGUCACAGUGGAUUUGUUCCAGAAGAGCACUCCUGGAGUCGUUUUUGUCACGAAUGAGGUGUUCAAGCUGGCAAACACACAGAAGAUGGAGGUGGAGGCUGUGCCUACUGGAACUGGCAGUGGCUGGGUCUUUGACAAUGAGGGGCACAUUAUCACGAACUACCACGUCAUAGAGAAGGCCAGCUUUGUAACGGUCAAGUUCAUUGAGGGAACUGAGGUGGUGGCAAAAGUCAUAGGUGCAGACGAAUACAGCGAUGUUGCUGUUCUUCAGGUAGAUCUUCCAGCCCAGCGCAAAGCAAUGUUGCGGCCUUUACAGCGAGGCACGUCAGCGGGCUUGCGGGUGGGCCAAGAAGUGUAUGCCAUCGGAAAUCCGUUUGGCUUGGACCACACCCUCACAAAGGGCAUCGUGUCUGGUGUUGGUCGAACAAUCCAGAGUGUGGGCGGCCGGCCCAUCCAGGGUGCCAUCCAGACAGAUGCAUCCAUCAACCCUGGGAAUAGCGGAGGGCCUUUGCUCAACUCCCGGGGGCAGGUCAUCGGCAUGAACACAGCGAUCUUCUCCCCCAGUGGGGCCUCGGCCGGCAUUGGCUUUGCCAUACCCAGUGACACCGUCUCGGCGCGCGUCAACAGCAUUUUGAAGUUUGGCUACGUGAAAAGAGCUGGCUUGGGCCUCUAUCUUGGCCAGGAUGGUCUGGCCCAGCGACUGUCAGGACGACCUGGCGGCGUGGUGGCUGGGUUGCAGAAAAAUAGUGCAGCUGGAGAGGCAGGCGUGAAGCCAGGAGACAUUCUGGAGGUCAUCGAUGGCAGGAGGAUCAAGACAGUGAAUGACAUAUAUGCGGCCCUUGAUGAACAUCAGCCUGGUGAUGUGGUCAAGGUGAAGCUGCUUCGGCCUGACAAGCCCGACGAACUAGGACUCCCAGAGUCGGACGUGACCUUCAGAGAGGUGCCGUUGGAAAUCACACUGAAGGAGGUGCAGAAGCAAGGAUGA